AUGCGGGCAGGGAGCUGUGGAGACCCCCAGGAAAAGCCCCUGGUGACCUGGGGGCUGGGAUCCUGGAGCAUGGGACUUGAGCAACCAGAGACAGCAGGCCAGCCGAGAGCAACCCUGCUGCCCACAUCCAAUGGUAGUGGGCCAGGCCAGGAGUGGGAAGGCCACUGGCCAGAGAUCCCAGAGAAGUCACCGUGCGUGGUUGGUGUCAUUCCUGUCAUCUACUACAGUGUUCUGCUGAGCUUGGGGCUGCCUGCCAACCUCCUGACCUCAGUGGCCCUGGCCCGCCUCGCCGCCAAGACCAGGAAGCCCUCCUACUACUACCUCCUGGCGCUCACGGGCUCCGACAUCACCACCCAGGUGGUCAUCGUGUUCGUGGGCUUCCUCCUGCAGGGCGCGCUCCUGGCCCGCCAGGUACCCCAGGCCGUGGUGCGCGUGGCUAACGUCCUGGAGUUUGCCGCCAACCAUGCCUCAGUCUGGGUCACCGUCCUGCUGACCGUUGACCGCUACAACGCCCUGUGCCACCCCCUGCGCCACCGGGCCACCUCAUCCCCAGGCAGGACCCGCAGGGCUAUUGCUGCUGUCCUCAGCGCCGCCCUGCUGACUGGCAUCCCCUUCUACUGGUGGCUGGAUGUGUGGAGGGACACGGGCCCCCCUGGCACGCUGGACGAGGUCCUCAAGUGGGCCCACUGCCUCAUCGUCUUCUUCAUCCCUUGCAGCGUUUUCCUGGUCAGCAACUCAGCCAUCGUCCUCCAGCUGCGGAAGAGGGGACGGAGCGGGCUGCGGCCCUGGGUGGGCAAGAGCACAGCCAUCCUCCUGGGGGUCACCUUGCUCUUUGCCCUUCUGUGGGCACCCCGAAUCUUCGUCAUGCUCUACCACCUGUAUGUGGCCCCCGUCCACCGGGACUGGAGGGUCCACCUGGCCCUGGAUGUGGCCAACAUGGUGGCCAUGCUCAACACAGCAGUCAACUUUGGCCUCUACUGCUUUGUCAGCAAGACUUUCCGGGCCACUGUCCAGCAGGUCAUCCAUGAUGCCCACCUGCCCUGCACCCUGGGGUCACAGCCAGAGGGCAUGGUGGGGGAGCCUGUGCUGAGGCCCCCAGAACCCCCCAAAGGGGCGGGGUUGUAGAGGAAGGUGUGAGUCGUCUCCUGGCCUGUCCCCUUCCUGGGGCCGGCCUCCCAAGUUUCCUGAACUGAGAUUCUCAGGCUCCCAUCGCCAACACCGGGUUUGAGAAGGAAGACAAUCUGCAGGAUUCCAGGCCUUUCCAGCCUGGGGGAACCAAACGUGUUUGACUGAGCAAUGGGUGGGGGGAGCUACUUGGGAGAGAGAAGUCCCCAGGGCAUGCUGGAAGGGGGUGGUCUUAAAGCGUACUGGAUGCCCCCAGACCAUCUCAGCCAUCCCUGGGGCACAAGCCUCUAGGUAUUAAACACCCUGCUUUGAUUCUGCAUUACUCCAUGCUGGGAGCCAGAUCAGACUCGGGGUCCAGAGUGGACUCUGGGGCUGAGGUUUUUGUUAUUGCCAUUGAGAGAGGAGUAGCCUCUCCGCCCUGGGCUCCAGGAGCUCAGGAAGGAGGCACUUAGCUGGAGGUGCCCCCGCGCCCCCCCCCCCCAGAGCCCACUCCUCUAUGGGAAGGUCCUACCUCCAGCAAAGGCAGGAAGGAGGUGGCUGACCUCAUGGGCUGGGAGGGCCUCUGCCUGGCCCUGGCCCUGGCCCGGCCUCUGAGCUGCGAGCCUGGGAAGGCAGCUGGGAGAGCAGGAGAGCGGGAGGGAGAGCGUGGCAGAUGGAACUCCCACCUGCCCCAAGCCUUGGGUAAACACAUUAGCCGGCUCAGCUGCGCCCCUUUCUGCUUCCCGGUCAGCCUGAGCUGACCUUUCCCCUGAACGGGAGGUUCAGACCCAGCCUCAAGCCCGCCCAGCCCUCAGCGGGUGACCCGGGAGAGAGAGCUGAUGUGCUCCGGGCCCACGACUGGUGCAGAAUGAAUGUUCAGCUUCCCGCCUCCCUGUCUGCUUCUCCCCAGAGCAGGGACAUCCAGAAAGGGAGUUAGGGCCACAACCGGAAAAAAGGUGGGCAGGUGCCCAGUCCCUUAGCCACCAUACUCAGCUCCAAAAAGCUCUGAAAACCGAGAUGUCAUUCCCAAGAGUGCCACAAACACAUAGUGACCUGACCUCAACUGGUGAGACCAUCCCUGGUCUUGGUGUAGUCCUGGCACGUGAAGACGGGUAGGAGUAGGCAGGGUAGGCUGCUAGGGGCUAUGUAGACAGGCAAGACCGCCGGGGUGGGGGUGCCUCGGCCACGGUGCCCGUGUUCCUGUCUCCGCAUUGACUUCGUCUAUCAUUACC